CUCACACUCACUAACUCACUGCCUUCUUUCCCCUUCUUCUCCACGUCUCGAGAACUUUCUUCCUUUUCGUUCCCUCUCUCUCCAUUUUAAUUCACUUUCUAUUCUUUCAUCUUGUGAUUCUCGUCUCUUCUAUAUAAGCCCUUCUUUGACACCCCUUAACAUUCCAGAAAAAGCAUCAACGUCCAAAGCUAGCGGAUCUCAAGCACACGAACUUAUCGUGCAGUUCCUACCAUGGCAUCCUCUAUGGUUCUUAGAAGGGUCACCGCUCCAGCCCUCUUCUCCAAGCUCCUCAACCCAUUCCGCUCCGCCUCCGUCGCUCCCUCUCUUUCUCGCUCCUUCAGUACCGAGUCCCAGGUCACCGACUUCGACAAGCGCGACCGUGCCGUCAACGUCGACCGCCGUUCCGACCGUUCAGUCUCUCGCCGCGGUGUCCCCGCCCCCUUCACUGAUGUGUUCGAUCCCUUCUCUCCAACAAGGAGCCUGAGCCAGGUGCUGAACCUGAUGGAUCAGUUUCUGGAUAACCCAUUUGUAGCAGCGUCGCAAGGCCUGGGAGCGGGGUCGAGGCGAGGCUUUGACGUGAAAGAGAACAACGACGCUCUAUACAUGCGAAUGGAUAUGCCGGGGGUUGACAAAGACAAGGUGAAGGUGAAUGUGGAGCAGAAUACUCUGAUUAUCCAAGGCGAGGGCGAGAAGGAAUUGGACGACGAUGAGAACGUGAGAAGGUACUCGAGCAGGCUUGAUUUACCUCCGAAUCUUUACAAGCUCGACGCGAUCAGGGCCGAGAUGAAGAAUGGGAUUCUGAAGGUUGUGGUGCCAAAAGUGAAGGAAGAGGAGAGGAAGGAUGUGAUCCAAGUGAAGGUUGAGUGAAUUAUAAGGAAUUGAGAAAGAAGGAAUAGUUUUUGGAGAAUGAAGGAUAUUGUUUAGCUCUGCUUUUUAGUCUUGGCUUUCAAAUGCUUUUUUAAAGGGGUAUAAAAAAAAGAAAAGGGUCUGUAAUAAAUGGGACUGGUUCCUAAAGAAAGCUUUUGGUUUUUCUCCUCA